AUGGCCGAGAUCGUCGAUAUUGAGGAUUCGCCCCCACCUCGUGCAGCGGGACCGCGGCAGCCGUCGGUAGACGAGCUCAAGAAGGAGAUUCGCACCUACCUCUUGGGCAAAGACCUCAGCAGCAUCUCUCUCAAGGCCCUCCGAGUGGAACUGGAGACACGUCUUGAUCUGCCAACCGGAGGCCUCAACGAGCGGAAGGGUGAAAUCCGCUCCAUUGCCGAAGAUCUGGUCACCGAAGCUCAAAAUGCGGCGCCUUUGUUGCCGCCGGUGGUGCAGGUGCAGGAGCCAACCCCGAAGAGAAGGAAGGUCUUGGCUACUCCUGAGGCUGCGGCAGUGCCGGCAGCAGAGCCCCUCUCACCUGUGAAGAGCAAAGCUCCAAAGAGGAAGAAUGCGCCCUCGGCCUACAUGCUGUGGUCGAAAGAUCAACGGUCGACUGUGGUCGAAGAGCUGGAGAAGUCCCUGCAGCGGAAGCCCAGUUUUGUGGAGAUCUCCAAAGCCAUUCCGGAACGUUGGAAAGCAGCAGAUGAGGCAGAGAAAGCUGUGUACGAGCAGAAGGCCAAGAUUGCCAAGGAGCAGCUGGCUUUGGAACCAGCACAAGAGGCAGCGGCAAAACCGAAGAAGGCCGAAGCCAAGAAACCAGCAGCAAAGAAAGGAAAAGGCAAGGGCAAGGGCAAACAGAGUGCCGAGGACUCAGCUAUGACACGAGCGGAGUUCUUCCAGAAUUGCCCCGUACUCCGAUGUGCCUUCGACCUCCCCGGCAACUCCCCGGAGGAAUCCAGACCCUUGGCAGCUCCCAUGGACUUGGUGGCGAGGACCUUCAAGUCAGGAGGGGCUGGAUGGUUCUCCUCCGUGAAGUUUGACUUGCCAGUGGGCUCGCAGCAGGUGACGGUGCAGGCACAGGUUGUGAUGAACGUCUCCGGCUCGAAGUAUUGGGAAGAUGGUGAAGGCCUUGAGGCCGCCUUGAAGGCGCUUGAAGGCAAAGCGCAGCAGGCUGUCGCAAAACACGAUGAUCCCACUUCUGCCGUGGAAGAGGCACCCUGCACUCCAAAGCGCCGGGCUCCGCGCAGCUUGAUGCAGCUGGAGGCAGUCCAGGCACCGGUGGCAGAAGGCAACAACAAAGUCGAAGAGGCGGCUGCAGACUCUGCAGAAGGGAGUGCAGACCCCGUCCAAGAGGCCUGUGCUGAGCCGGCGACGAAUGUCAAGGUCCCGAUCGAAGAGGCGGAGGCAGCUGUGCCUGAUGCGGGUAUGCAGGAUGCGCCUGAGGUCAAUGCAGAGGCGGAGGCAGCGCCGGCUAUGGCCGAUGAGGAUAUGCCAGAUGCCCCUGAGGUCACUGCAGAUGCGGAGGCGGAGGAGGCAGUGGCUGCUGUGCCCGAUGAGGGUAUGCCAGAUGUCCCUGAGCUCACUGCAGAGGCUGAGGAGGCAGUGGCGGCUGUGCCCGAUGAGGAUAUGCCACAUGCCGCUGAGGUUCAUGCAGAGGCAGAGGCGGCAGCAGCUGUGCCGGAUGAAGGCGUUCCAGAUGCCCCUGAAAGCAAUGCAGAGGCAGAGGCGGGAGCAGCUGUGGCGGAUGAAGGCGUUCCAGAUGCCCCUGAAAGUCAUGCGGAGGAGACCACCACCUGA